AUCCCGUACUCGAAGCAAUUCCGGGAUGACGGAGGAGCAACACUUCUUCCGACUGGCCUCCUCAAGCAUUAUGAACUAACAACUGCUGACGAACUCAAACCGGCUCUUGACAAGGAUGCUGACGGAAAUUUCUCGAGAAAAUGCGAGAAAAACGCUGAUUGUGGGGAGGAAGAAUUCUGUGAUGAAGUGGUUAUGCGUUAUUCAGAUCAUGAGGAGAUCCUCAAGACUUUGGGAGGUUAUAGCCCGAAGAUAUGCUUUCCAGGUAAAUCAUUUCUACGAGCGCUGAGAAUAUGUAUGUAA